AUGAUCAACUCACUAGAAAAAUUCGACUUCAUAAUUGCCCUCUACACUCUAGCUGACGUCUUGACCAUCACCCAGGCCAUUGCCAGGAGCAUUCAAGCGGAGGACAUGGAUUUAGUCUCUGUGUUUGAGCAACUCCACACAUUGAGAGCAACAUUGGGAACGUGGCGUCGAGAGGCGGAGACUGCUUUCUGGAAAAUCUUUUUAGAAGCUGCAGAAAAGGCUGAACUUCUUGGGAUUGUCGUGAAGCUACCUGGGACUUCUCAACAAACCAAGCGUUUCAAUGCUCCAUCGGCAUGCUCAGAGGAAUAUUAUCGACGUGCUUUGUUGAUCCCGUUUCUUGAUGGUAUCCUGAUGGACUUAUCAAGUCGAUUC